AUGGCCAGCAUUACUUCUGCGUCCCUUCUUUCGGAGGCUGAGUUCGGUUGCGAGCAUCUCGCUGCAAUACUGACUCGGAGUGGAAACACUGCCGAUCAGUUCAAGAGCUCAUUCCUUAAAACCCACAAUGCUCUGGCUCCUAAGCCUUUAACGGUGGAUGAUUUCCCAAAGCAAAAGGGACGCCUGCGUACUGCUUCUCUGCUAAGGCCAAAAUACACGUGCUUGACUUGCUCUGAAGUUUGCGCCCCUGCCAAUAGACAAGCUCAUACGAAAGAGACUGGGCACCAGUUCUACAUGGAGUCAAGGGGACGAACUCUGUUCUGCCAAGGUUGCGGUGACCUCGUCUAUGACCAUGACUUAGAACGUCUUCGAUCGUUACCUUAUGGAAUGCACCAAGCAUCUAGGAGACGGAGAUCAAGCGAAAGUUCAUCAGAUGAACAGUUUGUCAGAAACAACGCCAACAAGCGCGCUUGUGCAAAGCAAGGCGUCAGAGGUCUGUACAAUCUCGGACAAACAUGUUAUCUCAACGUCAUCCUGCAGACUUUACUGCAUGAUCCCAUCUUGAACGCCUAUUUCUUGGGGAAUGGGCAUCAGUCACACGAUUGUUCAGUCCCGGAUUGCAUAGGCUGCGCAGUUGCGGAGGCGUUUGCCGACUUCAACAGCAGCGACAAAGCAGAAGGCUUUGCAGCAUUGAAUCUCCUUCUAGCAUCAUGGCGUGCGAGCUCUACUUUGGCAGGCUACCACCAGCAGGAUGCACACGAGUACUAUCAAUUCCUCGUCGACAAGCUACAUGCGAGCACUGAAGGACACAUGGACGAUCACGACCAAGGGUGUCCUUGCUUUUUUCAUCAAACAUUCUACGGCAAGCUUAAAAGUAGUGUGAUGUGCGAUAAUUGCGGCAACAUUACCAAAACGGAAGAUCCUAUGCUCGAUCUGAGUCUGGACGUUCAGGUACAGGCGAAGAAGCGGGCUAUGGGCGGUGGUGUCGGACCCUCAGCGACACCUACACUAAACGGUUGCCUGGAGAGCUUUACGUCGCCAGAAAGGCUGAUGGCAGGUGUUUACAAUUGCAGUGAGUGUGGCGGGACGCCUCAGAAAGCAACAAAGCGUUUGCGAAUCAAGAAAUUGCCGGCGAUUCUCUGCAUGCAGCUGAAGCGCUUCGAGCAUAGCUCAGCAGUGUCGGAGAAAGUGGAAGGCAGGGUCGAUUUCCCUUUGUCGAUCAACAUGCUCCCAUAUACGACACAUCGGCACAGGGAGGAUCUUGACAAAUCCAAAUUCAUCUAUGAUCUUUCUUCUGCAGUUGUCCACAAAGGCAAAUUGGACGCUGGACACUACUACGUCUACUGCAAGCAGGGCGACCAGUGGGUACUGUUCAACGAUGAUCAGGUGACUGCGGCCACUGAGGCCGAAGUCCUCAACGCCGAUGCGUAUCUCUUGUUUUACAAUCUACGAUUGUUUACUGCUUCUUUGCAGUAG